ACUUUCUCGGUGACGUCACGAUCUCCCAAGUGUUUUGAGAGCCGCAAUGGCCGAUGGUGCCUAGCCUAAAGGCAAAAAGCUCUUCGUGCGACGAUUGGCGGGGGAUCCUUUUUCUGUGUCUAUGUAUGUUUUGAACAGGUUUGUUGUACAUGGCUGAUUAGACUAUGUAAAGUUCGCCCACCCUUGUCGCUAUGGCGGACACAGUGGUGGAGAUCGACCGAACGCAAGAUACGGUGAGAAAACAUGGCCGUAGAUCCACCUCUAAAAGUGGCCUUGAAACCAGCCCACAGCUAAGUGAAGAUAGAAAAGAUAAUAAGCGGGCUCCGUGGAACGGUGCUGAACCAGAUAAAAAACGUAGACGAAAAACUCAAAACAGAUCUCGGUCCUCUGGCAAAUUAAGGCGCCAUAGGUCUUCCAACGACACGCCCCACAAUGAAGUGGUGGAAAGUGUAGAGAGGUACUUGCAACGGCGAUCAAAGUCGACGCUAUGUGAUGAGUUUGGCAACACUGGGGCUAAGGUGGAUUUGGCUAUCUUCGUAGGGGAGGAAUUUCAGCAAGACCAAGCUGAUAACAAAACGAUCUUUGAGAGAGUUAAGGAAAGAGAUACUGCUCGCAAGCAGUCAGCAGACGGGCACGACGAGAAACUCUGCAAACCUAUCCGAGAGCCUUCUAAGCCACCUGCAGAGAAUGGCUCAGAGGGCGAUGGGCAGAAAGUCUCUCCGACAUCGAAGGAUCAUGAACACAUUGAUUUGACAACCGACUUGUCUCCAGAAAACUCUGUUUCGAAACAAGAAACCAAAAGAGAAUCACGCUCCGUGAAGGUCAAGUCAAAACGAAAGAAGCGCCUUUUCAAUCAAAGCACGAAACGAGCUCAAGAAGGUGACAGUGAUGUCAGUCUAAGCGAUGCCGACCAGUCCCCACAAACCUCCUUUGCUCCAUACACAGAGGCCACCGGAAAACUGUACACAACUAGAACCCGUUCAGAACCCCCACCUCAAGGUCCGAAUCUCAGCGACAACACUAGGAUAAAGGAACAAACUGUCAUUGGACCCGAAAAUGACGUUGUUGCAAAGAAAUCAACACAUGUCGUGUCUCCUGGAAUUUCUCCUAAACAAAAGGAGCGAAAAGACCUCACUAACGAGGACUUACUGUCGACUACCAAGGUUCCCGCCGUGACGGAAAGCAAAGAUUUCCCUUCCAAGAACAGCUCACAAAUCUCAAAUGUAGGUGUCAUUGUUGACUCACUCUUAGAAGGUGUGCAGAAUCCGCACGUUUCGAAGUCACUAAGUCCCCUGAAGGCAACUCCUACUGAGAGACAAAGCCCUAAAGAAAUUGCCUCUCAGCAACAGAAAAAGGCCUCUAGGAUCGUUGAGAUAAUAGGAGCGGAAGGGGCUGAAGUGGGAGAGAUUGAGCCACGGGGAAAGACAAAAAACAAGAAGAAAGAUAACGAGGAUGAAGAGGAGGAUGGGGAGGCUGCAGAUGAGAAAGCCAAAGGAAUUCUGCCUUCGCCUCCUAAUAAAAAAGCAGCAGUAGAAAGCAAAAGUGCGUCUUCGUCUCCGUCUUUAGACUCAAGACUACCCUCAAGACAGGAAGGGAAACGGCAGAAUGAAAACCCUAUAAAAGCUUCUCAACAGCCCCUCUCACCAAUCCCAGGCGGCGCUCAAAGCUCGGACUCUAUGUUGUCUUCCCCCGGGAGGCCCAAGAAGAAGAAAAAGUCCAAAAAGUCACCGUAUUACGGACAGUCGUCAUCUGAUGAAAAGUUAGCCAAAAGGCGUAGGAGCAAAUCGAAUGGUUCCAGAUGUGCGACACCUGCAGCGUCCAGUAGUGUGUCAUUGGCAGCUUCCGACGCCUCGCCUUCGCCGUCACUUGCCAACGACAUGAGUCUGCAAGACGUCUCAGAAGAAAAGACUAAACAGGAAGACGUGCGUCCUCAACCGAAAGCUUUUAGGGUCAAGAUGAAGAAAAGAAAGCAGGCCAGAGGCAGUGGGGGUGUAGAGAUUUCACAGAGUCCCCCACGAACCCCAAUUUUCGAUGAUUCUCCGGACCUUGCCAUCGACUCAAGCUCGUCCGCUAUCAGUCUAAAACAGCUGAAGAAUACGGCUAACGGCGCAGACGAGAAGCAGCCGUGCCCUCAAGGCACUGACUCCAAUACCUCGCAAGGAAAGAAGAAAAAGAAAGGCAAAAAGAAACAAAAAGGUGGGGCUGACACAAAGGCAUCCGUGUCCCCCGACAGCAGUAAAUCCCAAACCUCCAAUAAGAGCAGUCCCACGCCAUCUCGUGAGACAAGCAAAUCGAAAGUAACCGGAAAGAAGAGCAAAAAGCCAGAACAAGACGUCGCAACCACUAAAGCUAAAUCUCAGACAUCAGUGACCGAGUCUAAGUCAAAGUCGCAGUCGUCCUCCCUCUCGACUGGUCGCUCCAGAGCAUGUCCGACUCCGCUGAGACCCAAGUGUAAAACGAACAACGACAACAAGUCGACAUGGAGUGCCAAGCGGCGCCGGGUGUGUUCUGAGUCCAGAGGCUUUUUCAACAAAGUGUCCAAGACUGUUGGCUGCUGUCUCAACAAAAUUGCAAAGGAUCAGGGGAAGUACAAAUUUCCAUCAAGAAAGGACCUGUUCGUUCCAGAUAUCGGUAUGGGCAGGCACUGGAUUUACCCGCCAGAUUCUCAGCCAGACAUGUCUCUAUUUGAUCAAGGGCGUAGACUGGGGAGGGGUCAAGGUCAGCAGGAAGCCGGUCACGUCUCUGAUGACGACACAUCCCAGAUGUUUUCCGCCACUGAGGGCUCUCUCCGGGACGACGCCGGCGGGAGGCAGCGAGGAGCAAAGCCUGGAGGAUAGCCCCGCCAACGAUGAUAUGCCAGAACAAAAACGAGAGGACAGAGAUCACUCGUGUGAGAAAAGGCACAGAAAGAGUUCAAGGGAGUCAAGGAACAGGGACAGCAGCCAUAUGUCUACAUCCUGUAAAGGCAAAUCGGAUGAUCGCCGACACGAUUCCCGUGGAUCUUGUAGUGGUCGAGAUCGGAGCAGGGCCAGGAAUGAUGUGUCGAGCACCAGCCAGGAGGAUCUUUCCCGGCCCGUGCACACGUCCUCCGAGUACACCACGGAGCCCAGCAGGUACGUUCGGGAUGAGGUGGAAGUCAGCCAGUCCUGCUCUAGGACCUCUGUGUCCUCGAGAGGCUCUAGAUCUCCCAGCGUGAGGCUCACCAUCAAACGACGAGGCUACAACAAGUGUGACCACGAUUACGAGAGCCGUAGUGAGGACGGUCGCUGCUGUCGCACGGAACAGUGCUCGAGUCGGCGGAGAAGGGAUUCGCACUCUGGAAGUGAUAGCAGGAAGGCGAGCAUUAAAUCCAGCCCGCCUACGCGCAAUCAUGGUCGGGGUCACAGUGAGGAGGUCAAUCGCCGCAGCAGCAGUGGUCGGCACGAGACAGACGAUUGGAGUCGACAUGGUGGUAGGAAAAAGUCAGGGACAAAGUGUUGGCAUGAGGCGUGGCUGGACGGAGACAGCAGGGAGAGCUCCAAACAGUCGUUGCGUAAGAGGAAGCACCAGUCUAGUCGGUACGCCUCAGCCUGUGAUGACGCGUGGGACGACAACAGGUGGAGGUCCAACACUUCCAGAUCUAAUUGCCGUGGAUACCUCUGCAACGAAACUUCAGAGGAAGAAGACAGCUUGUUGGCGCUGGGUGAUACGAAGUACAGAAAUGAUUGGGACUACAUCAAAGACAGCCGGGAGUUUCUGCGGAAGCAUUCUGACGGUGGAAAAUAUGCCAAGACAAUAGAGUGCCUAAAUCCCUCUGACUGUGAGAAAGCAAGAAAAGAUUACAAGCGGCGGUCAUUUUCGUCUUCACCCAGAAAAAAGGCUUGUUAUAUCUCUUCAGAAGUAUGCUCAUCAGAAGAGACAUCUCCGCAGAUCACAAAAGCCCAUACGAAGCGAGAGUCAAAGACCGAUUCCAGCGUCCGACAGAGUCGUGACAAGUUGUACCAGCAUGACGAAAAACCCGCUGUAGAGAGAAGUCAGUCGGCCAAACAUCGACAAACAUCUCGUUCAAGCAAUGGGGAUCAUAGUGUGACUCAGUGCAGACACACUACCAAGGAAGUCAAGACCUCUAAUCCUACUUCAGAAAAUGGUGACGAAUCCCAAAUUAAAAGCAAGUUGAGGUGUUCCAGAGAAUCACUCCCAAGAAAAGAUAUGAAAGCAUUUGAUAUGAAGAAAGAAUCGGAAUGUAGCCAAUUUUCUUCAAGAGAAAGACAAAAGAGCAGCAGUUCUGCGUUGAGACAGAAAGAAGAACGGGAAAUCGGCUCUUCCUUUCAGGACGACGAAAUCCGUGCUCUAAAGAGAGAGGUUGAUGAAUUGUCAGAGUUGUCAGAGUCUCUUCUCUCCUUGCGUCCCACCAAAGUUUCAAGCGGCGUCACGGAAGAAGUAAAAUGCAAAAGAAAUGUCUCUCUCGGUAGACGCGACACGCUCAAAGGGGACGGUGACCUGGCGGAUGACAAAUCUAGAAUAUCCCUUGAGACCUCUGAAGUCAGCUGUUCUAAGACAGAGGAUAUGCAUAGUGGCCGGGAGCGGUACACGUUUCGCCCUUGGGAUUAUGACAACGGGGAGGCAGCAUGUGACACGAAAACUACCACUGUUGCCAUUCAUAAAGGAUCUGUGAAAGUGUUUGCCGUGCCUGGCUGCUCUGACUCAGAACGAUGCAGCGUAGACAAUGAAAAAUAUGAUGUCUCUGAGUUAUCCGACAAGCACUGGUCUUUGAAGGGGAGCGAAGGAGAACAAUACAGUAGGAGCACUGGAAGUAGACGGACGUCUUGUUCGGAAAAUCUAUGCUCAGAAUACACUGUCACUGAUGAAGAUAGCACAAUAGAACGCAUUUUGAGGGCUCAAGUAAAAAGUAAAGCCCGAAAUUCUGAACGUUUUCAUUCUCUAAAGGCAGCUGAUCGCAAAGCUGCCUUUUCUCUUGCUCCUUGUAAAAAAUCUUCUCCAAGAGAUGAUUUGAAACCACAUGAAAAGGAAGAUUGUCUUGAGAAGUAUGCACCUGGGUGCCGCAAGUCAAGGUCAAAUUCGACGAAAAGGGACCUGGGUGCGAGAAAAGACGUUAACUCUGAGCAGGUUGACAACCUCGGUUUACUCAUUACCCCUGAACAGCCAGUGCUCUUGCCUAGGGAUAAGGAAAUUAACUAUGGCGUGGACCGUAAAGACAGCAGCUACUCUCGAAGGAACACACGUGUAGCCACUCAGAAAACUGCAUCGGGGGUACCACUGGUGGCCAGCAAGCCGCCAAUCUACACCAUCUCUCCAAAAAAGAAAAGAGCACAAAAUAAACCAGAAGACGACGUGUCAGAUUAUCAAUCUCAGAGAACUGGGUCAGCGCAUGAGGACAACCAUCCGUCGCUGAACACAACAAUAGGUGCUGCAGAAGAGGAGUUUAAACCCUCGAACAACUCAACUGAAAUUGUAGCAGAAAGAACAAUGUCUUUGGCUGCACCUCUACCAGCUUCCGAUAAACAAAGUUCCCAUCAUGAGGACAAUUUACAAAUAGAGAUUCCAUCCCCUUUGUCUUCUUUUGAUAGUUUUUCUAUCAGAAGACCUUCGUUUCCGCAGCGGCCCGGCAGUAGCGACAUCUUCCUGGAAGAUGACUUUGAAAGCGACGAGUUCUUGCCCUGCAGCAGCAGCCUGUUCCUAUCUAAGAAUCAAAACUCCUCUUCCUGUGCCUCUGUGAACAUGCACAACUCAUUCAAGAGCGAUCUAUUCUAUCCCCAAUUUGCCUACCAUUGUGGAAUGGUUGACACUCUGAAAAUGCUCAACGUAGAUUCCUCGACGUCUGUGACCACUGUAGAGUCCUCGUGCGUGGGAAGGUCAUCCAGUGCAGUCUCCCUUGAUGACGUCGACUCAGCAGGCGUUGCUGGUUUCGGCAUUUCCGAUAGAGCCAAGUCAAUCACAUCCCUGACUACUCUAGGACCAGACGCUGGCGAUGCAUUUGAGCAAAUUCGGCACAAUAGUAACAGGGCUUUGAUGUACGCUAACAGCAUGACGAGCUGGCAAGCCUGGUCAAUGCCUUUGUUCUCUAAAAUGCGGCGAAGUCCACGACGAAAUCACAGGAAGAAACAGCGUGAGGGGAGUACUGAAAAAAACAGAAUAGUAUUAUCAGUUCGGUCGAAGUCCUCGGGUGCUGUCAGCCCUGCAAGAUCUGUUGAAAGUACUGGAACUCUCACGCCAAGCCCUCGUCAUGAGCGCAUGUAUUCAUUCUCACUGGGAGGGGCAUCUGUUCAAACGUCUAGAACUAGUCGGUUACACCAUGGCCCUUCAGGAUCUCCUAUACAAUCUGCAGUUGUGCUUGACGAUAUAGUAGGCGACCACUCACUGCCAAAUAACUCAGUCGGUGAGACAAGAGGGAGAAACCCAGUCUCGCUGCAUGAAAAUAAAGAGAAUGAAAAACGCUGCUUUCUCAAGAGAGAUGAAACUGAAACAAAUGAAGGGUUGGUUCUACCAUUUACAACCCAAGAGAAUGGCUCUAUGUGUAAGGAAAAGUGGAUGUACAAUGUGCAGUCGGCAGAUGUCGCUGACAGACAGACAUGUGCAAAGCUGUGGAGACAAAAUGUUUUAGAAUACGCUGACACUGUCAUUGAAGAAAAUAAGUUAACAUUGGCCAACUACAAGAGCCGCACUAUUGAGUAUAAUCCAUAUGAAAAAAGCGCGGAACACGUAUAUAAUAGAACUUCUCAUAAUUGCCUCGAGGAAAUCAGUUCGAAAGAGUUGAUUAGCCAUCCAGUGCAUGAGGAAGAAACAAAUACACACAGUAAUUCAGAUGUUGAAAUCCCUAACAUUUCUUUAGACUCUGACUCAUUCACCGGGAAUUUCCACUCUAAACUUAAGUCCGGUCACCAUGACACAAAUUCGAUGGCAUCUGAUGAAAGAGUUUCAUGUGAGCAGCAAAGUUUGGACGAAGAGGGGAAACCUCUUUAUCACUCAGAAGUAAUCACUGCACAGAGUGAUGAUAGUUACAAUGACUCCAGCUCUGAAAAAUUCACUCGGUCGACGAGCCUAGAACAGAAGGAGCUACCCGAUACUUGCCACAGUAGCAGAUAUGGAAUUCAAAAUGGAGACAGUGGUGAUGAAAUGACAAAUUGUUCCCAGGACCUAUCAGUGACCUCUGAGAAGAAAGCGUUGGGUCCUGAUGCGGGACAAGAAUUCGGUCUUGUGGAUAACGAAGGAGACACGCUGACGGUGUUUGUCAUUACUCAAGCGUCCCCUGAACGAACACUGCCAGAACCAAGAUCGGACAAACAGCGAAUAAAGAGCAACCCAGAGAGCCAAAAAAUGACGUCUUGUCCAAAAAGCAAACAUAAAUCAGCAGAGGCGGCUUUUGUUUCCUUAUGUGAGGGCGACGCUCCCUUGGUCUUGUUCCCGAGCUCGGACAAAACAGAAAACUCUUUCAGUCCUAAUGAAGUAAGGAGCAAAGAGUCGGAGUUGGACAGAUCUGAGAACUCGUGUUCUAAGAGGUUGAGCUCAAAAGAAGUUAAAAAUCACCCCAGUGCAUCUCUUUUGGACGGAAAAUUAAAGAUAGUUUAUAAUCUCAACAGCAACACUUGGUCGUCCUCUGAACGGAAGAGCAUGACUUUCCUAGAAGACAGACAGGAAUGUGCACCCUGCACGGAAAUCUCAGAAGAAUCAGAUUCCUCUGAAUUGAGAUUUGGGCACGAAGUGACAACUAUGGCUAAAGAAGACCAAGAAAAAUGUAGUCUUAUCAAUGAUUCUGUAUCAAUAGAGCUUCUCGUAGCAAUCGAAAAAACACCAGGGAACUCGUCACACAGUAUCGCACACAGGAGAAGCUCAAGAAUUUCGGAAAAAUCGCCAAUUCCCCACGCCACACCUCUUUGUCCUAUGCCUCGCUAUGAUUCGGCCCCAGGCAGAAUUGAGUCGGACCCAAGACGCGAAGCACAGUUGACCUCCAAAGGUUCCUCAUUUUACUCGUGGCUGAAGGAAAAAAUCUCUCGAGAGCUUCACAGUUUUAAGGACAAGCCCGACAAAAUGUUCUGUGAGUUACUGUCGGGACUAUCUAGUAGAUCAGACAGCAACGUUAGCUCCAAGGAGCUGCCAAGUCGUGCUGACCAGAACACCUCACGGUCUGAGGAUGACAGCUUCGAUGAGAGAUACUCUGGUCGGGGUCUGACCACUUCGAAAAAGAAAGGGAGUAAAUCAGCAAAACGGAUGAAAGGCAAAAUAAAACACCAGCGUACCCCGAGCAGGCAGCGUUGUCCAAGUCACAGGAGCACCCAUCUAGUUCUCCGAUCUGCCCCUUCUCAGAGGAAGUCACGUCACGAAUCGUCAUUUUCACUUCCUGGGUCGGGGCAUGCGCAUAGAGUGUCGAGCAAGAAGAAACUCAAAGACUGUAAAAGUUUGAACGUUGGGGACAGUACCAACUGCAAGACUGCCGAGUCGCCCUUGCCAGUUUCGUUCUGCUCUUCGGGUGUUGGUCUCCUGGCGAAUGCGAUGGUUCAGCGUGGCUCCCAGUCCUGUAUCCCAUUAUCGCCAACGUCCAGCUCCGAGGCUUGUAACCACUCUGAGUAUUGCAAUGAAUGUGAGCACGAGACUCUGAGAGAUAGACUCACACCGAUCCUCGAGGAAUCUCGGUCGAGCCAGUGCACUAAAACUGAGGAGACCGUAUAUGACUUUAGGGCAUUUGUUCAAGGCUGUUUGGAUAAAGUUUCCAGUACAAUUUCGCCCUUCAAAAGGCGACAAUGCAGUACGAAGUCUCAAAGUAUGCAAUGUUCUCCACCUACUGCAACACCGUCAGAGGUGCGUGAAGACCACCAGCAUCACAACGGGCUGAGUGCGGUCGAAGAAGUGCUUCCUCGGCGAUCAUGGAGGGCAAAGUCUGAUCCGGGACUGGGGAGAUACGGUAGUGGUUCUGUUAACGAUGAGAAAAUAAAUGGGCUGAACAGCAAACACGAAAGUACCUUGCCAGAGAUGGAAAGUGAUAGACUAGGAGCCUUAGAACUUUUAUCAAGUCCCUCUGGUUCUACAACCGCACUCUUUUCAUCCCUAUACGACGAGAGCGGAUUUAAGAGCAAAUUUAUGAAAAAAGAUAUUCGUAGUUUUAACAAGACUCUCCCCCACCAGGAUCAGACAGCCGAGGAAUCGCAAUAUAUGGGAAUGUACCUUCAGCCAAACAGACGCAACAGGCCCAAUCUUCCUAUUGAGGAAGCCCCGAUGUCAACGUUCCUCAAAAAGUCCAGGGAAAGGUUCUUGCAGACUCAACAGUUUUUCUCUGAGCAUCAAGCAUUCGCCUCUUCCAAGUUUAAAGUUGCGCCUGCGUCACUUCAAAGAUCUGUAUGGCCCACUAGAUCGUUCCCCAGCUCGAUAUAUCAGGGAACACAUGACCUGUCGUACAGCACAAACGCCCUGCCUCCAUCUCUGAGAAAGUCUUACACAGCACACGGCCGCUCUUACUCACGGGAAUACCCUACGUAUGGAGCCGCUCGAAUCAAUCUAUCCGUUACACCGUCUUUUAAUCUGCAUCAAACUCGGUCAGGACCAUCCUUUCUCGCCGACAAUCGCACAGACGCCGCUACAACAAACAGUUGGAGAUAUGGCUCCAGUACAGAAGAAAUGAACCUGUACAAUAAAGAUAUGGCCCACUGGAACUGGAACGAGAGUGCAAACAACGGCGACGAGGAUUCAGGGCCCAACUAUAAAGACUCUACGUGUCUGGGACAGCCUUGUAAUCCAACUCAGUCGGAUAAAUGCCACACCCACUCUGACAGCAACUGCCAUUGCCGGCAUCAGUGGGAACUCAACCCAUGCACGCUGACAGACAGCAGGAACAAGCAGUCCGGUGACUUUUUGGAUCAGGAGAAAUACAGCUCUUCGCGACCAGUGUGCCCAUGCGUGGCAGCAUCUGACUCUGCCUGCCCUGACACGAAUGAUGGACGCAGCUUACAAAACGAUCUGUUCCAACAGUACGUGAAGGCCAACAAACUGGCUUUGUGUGCGGGCAGAAACAUCAACGGCAGCGGGAACCUGUUGGCCACGUUGCCACACUACACACAAGUCAGUCAGAGUCUGGGUUACCCGGUGUCCGCCGAUGAGUUGCAGGAAGCCCGGGACGAAGACUACGCCACGGCCAAAGAAGACACCUGCAAAAUCGACACACUGACCACCAGGCUCACUUCUGCCCAAUCCAGCAGCGGGCUUGAGUCGCAAGCGACUGCUGGAAGUAGGCACGAGAUGGACGCCACCUGCAACCACCCUCCAACGUCGCUGAGAUAUAUCGGAGACGGGAGUUUUGCUACGGCUGCUGAUGUUUCCAGAGACGAUAUUCUUAUGAACAUGUCGCCUUGCUGUCCCCAGAGCGGCUCUCGCAAUUUUUCAGCUGAGCACAGCCGGACUUGCUACCCGGAGGAGCAAAAGUACCACUAUGCAGACAGCUUUAGAAAGUUGCAACCAGAUUGCCUCCUCCACCACCACCCUUUGGCUGUACACACGCAUGGUUUGGAGGUUCGGCGUUCGUUCUGUGGUCAAGGCGACACCAACAGCAAGCGAGCCUUCACAGAAUGGUAUGUCGAUGAUCACGCUCCUGAUGCGAUGCCUGGGGCUGACGUCACGCGGGACCGAGACACGAGCUUUCUGUCCUCCAAACGGAAACAAAGAACAGCCUCGAGCAACUCAGAGUGUUGUCAGAGCUCUGAAGGAAGUGUUGAGUCCAUGGUCAGUGUGAGCAGCGGCGGCAGCUCUGGCACCACACGUCACAACCCUGAGGCGGUCGGUGCUAGGGACAGGGAAGAAGACAAAGCCGGCAGCAAAUCUAGCUCAGAAUACGACUUCGAUGACGAUGAAGAAGGUGAGAGGUUUGAAGACGAAGAGGAUGGUGGUGAGGACGAUGACGAUGGAUGGGAGGAUGAAGAAGACGAUGCCGAUGACGAUGUCGACAGUGAUACAGCAUGUGGCCAACUCGUCCUGCCGAGGAUUCUGGAGUCAAGGAAUGCUGUCAAAGACGUCACCGAUGCUGAUGGGAGAAGCCUCGGUAACAUAUGCCCGGACGAGGAGACGCGCAACCUAACUCAAAACAAACACGAAUCUACAAUGGAUGUGGAAGGUGCAUGGCGGUACGGACUUCUCAGGGACAGCAGAAAAGGUCAACAACGCACAGGUAGCCGUCUGAAGCAGGAACAACAGUUCAGUGACCUCCCCAACCGCUCCCGUCACGACACGGCGGAGAUUUCUAGCAGCAGACGUCAGCAGCAGCGCUCCAAGUCCAUCAGCACCGUUUCCAAAAAGUUCUCUUUUGACCACAUCAAAGUGCCCUCUAUAGAAAAAGACCGAGUUCGGUUCGCCUGUAGCGAGACGGGCGAGUGGGCUGAGAUAGGGCGAGGCAGCUACGGCUGUGUGUACCUCGGCCUGCUAGACGGCUCGGUAGAGGUGGCGAUCAAAGACUUCUACGAGUCCAGCUCCUGGGACCUGGUCAUACACGAGGCCCGGAUGCUGCUCUUCUUGCAGGACACUGGAAUCACGCCGUCCUUUUACGGUCUGAGACGCAGGUUUGACGUUACGAAGGAGCCCAGCGAGUACUGUAUCAUCAUGGAGUAUUUUGGCGACGGCCGUACGCUGUUCAACGUGAUGUCGGACAAGAUCCCGCUCCUCCCAGAAGAGUGGCUGGACGUGGUGGGUCAGCUGGUGGCAGGACUCCGUCUCAUCCACAGCAAAAACGUCCUCAUUAACGACCUCAAGGCCGAUAACAUCCUUAUCGAUCUCAGCUCCGGUCGAAAAACUAUCAGGUAUAUCGAUGUCGGCAUGGCAACCUACAAACAGGGCCUUACCUUCCAGUUGCCUCAAGAUCAGAUGAACAAGUACAACUUCCUGGCGCCAGAAGUGCGAGAAGGGGCCCACACGUCCACAAAGUCGGACAUCUAUAGCCUGGGAUACAUGCUGGAACAGAUCUCACGGCUGGCAGGUCCGGCUCUGAGUGGACUCGACAAGCUGAUCGCCAGAUGCACAGACAAGAACCCGGCGAACCGGCCGGACAUCGACGAUAUCGUCUCUCAAGUCCAUUGGUAUAUCGUGUCCAAAGCUAGUGUGCGGGAGGUCAGCCCUCAAGGUCAUGUGUUUGCCUCCAACAGUGUCUGAGAAUGUAGCUAUUUUUUACUUCGGCGAGGUCCCCCAGUCCAUGCCAGAAUCAACGAGGUGCAUUGACAGCAUAAUAUUGUAAACGUCUUUUAUUAAUCAAUUAAAAGAUGCAUACUCCCUUAUUAGGAGAACCGUACAUAAUUUGCGUACAUUCAUCAGGAAAAUUAUGCAUGUCCCUGAAUGGGAUGCAUUACUAAAAAGAAUUAUGAGAUAGGGCAUUUUUAAGUUCGUAUUUCUGAGGACUAAACGGCAUGACCGACGCAAAUGAGAUGUUUCACUUGAAAGAGUUAAAGGAACAAGCUAAGUCAAACUGCUUCAAGUAUGUUGUUUUCCCUGUCAUGAAAGAAACGGAAGUUGAAAAAUAAGAGUGCAAAUAACCACCGUAUCAAAAAUAAUUUGUUCCGGCCUUUCAAAUGGGAACAUGAUACAUACGUAACUGCUGUUCUUAUCUUCCUUCACUCUAUGCCGCCUUUUCAGCCCGGACACGGUAUGCAGUUGUCAUUCGAGUUUACAACUUGUGGAUUAACUCAACUGUAGUAGUCCAGGUUUGUGAACAGUUUUCGCCGGUACGCAUUGCAGUAUCCUCUUCCGUGAUCUUUCUCUUCCUCUAUUACCGGUGUAUUUCCCAGUGUAGGGUAUAAUGCGUAGUACUCAAUGUCUAAUUGUGCUCUAAUCGUAUACGAGAGGUAGGGGAAAGAAAAUUGUAAUACCCUUAUUGUCCUCAAUUUUCUUUCCAUGUCUUUCACACCAUCGUCAACAGUAUGUGUAGUCUGUUGCUAUUGUUGGCCUGGCCGAUAGCUUAGCCGUUGAGGAAGUAAAGAUACGCUCUACAAUGCAGCGAUGCACUUGAACAGCAUUCCAGUUGGUCAGUAAAUGUUGUAUUCAGGCGAGUCGGCAACAGUUGUUUUUUUUUUAGGAGCGAAACACAGUCUUCAUAGGGCCAGUGGAGUUCUCGAUUCUCUUCUAAGGGAAUAACUCCCGUUUCAAUUCACGUUGUGUCUGUUUUCAAUGGAAUGUCAGGUAUUCACAUCGAUGUCACCAGGGUUUAUUUCUGAUCUAGAAAACACGAUUCCUGAUAGCAACAGAAAAUUGAGUAUUUGGCGUUGUUGCCUUUGAUAAAGAGAGAUAAAAAAAAGGAUGGGAUAGAUGUAUGUUUUAUAAUUGAUUUAUUGAUUUUGUUACCUUCUUAUGGAGCCAGCACAUAGAAUUACAAUCUGGUCGAAUAAACAGAAUAAUCAAUGUUUUGUACACACAAUAUGAUUGCAGUCUCAUUUUGCUUUAUAUUUAAUGGAAAGAAUGAAAAUCUUGUGAUGCAAUAACAAAUAGUUAUUCAAAACGC